UCUUUCUCUCUGGAUCCUGCUUUUGGACCCCUCCUCAGCUCCCCAGUGGAUGAGAUAACCGUGGGAAUUUUCUCAAACUUAAAAGGAAAAAUAAAACUUGUUUGCAGCUGUCGGAGCUCAUCAGCCGUGAAGGAGCAGCAAAGUCGGUUCAGUCAGAACAUGAGCACUUCAUUGGAGAGGGUUGUGGCCCAGAAGAAGGAGGCCAUCGAGGCAGUGAUGGAUAUGUUUGAGAAGGGGGCCGAGGUGUUGGCCAGCGCUGUGGGCGAGCUCUUCCCCCUGUGUGAGGCCGCCGCCCCGGUCCUCCGCCUGGCCUUAGACAACGUCCACAGCAAAGAGGUCUUCUACGUUAAAGAGCAGUUCCUGACGGUGAGGAACAAGCUUGACGUGCUCUCCACGCAACUGGAAGACAUUGACAGCGAGAUCAAGAAGGGGAGACUGGAUUCCCAGUACUUCUCAGUGGAGGAGAACAUUAGGAACCAGUUUCGGAAGUAUAUGGACAUCUUGGAGGCAAAACAGCAGUUCAGGGAGGUCAAGACCAGACUUUUUGUGGAGCACUUUGCCAAAACUGGAGGAGAGAAGAACCUAUUUGUGCUGUAUGAUGCUCUGAUGGGAACAAACAGCUUUGGAGAGUCAGUUUUAGAGGUGGUCGAAAGGUAUGUAGCGAGGAACCGUCGUCUCCUUGAAGAUUUCUGUGUCCGGAUGAAGGAGCUCUUCUGUUUGGGCCUGAUUGCUCUGCUGGGCCACUGUGCCUUAACCCAGGGCCAAGAUGAAGAAGACGACAAAAUCCUAGAGUGGAGCAGCAAAAUUGAAGAAGUUGAGUCCAGGAUGAAGACAACCAUCGAGUCCUGUACCGCUGCCUUCCCGGAGCAAGCAAAAUUAGACGCCAAGCACCUCCUGCAAGAGAAAGAAGAAGAGAAUCUGCAAGACACGACUCAGCAGCUUCUGGAGUUCUUGGUGAAAAAGUAUGAUUGGGUCAGCUGGUCAGUGCGGCUAAUCAACCAUUCAGGGAGCACAUACCGGAACUGGCGAGCAGGGGAGCACUUUCACCACGUGGCGGGACAGAACUGGUUCGAGGUGCUGCAGGUAAACAACAUCAACCUGGUGGUGUCGUACAGCACUAAACCGCAGCCGGUGCCUCGCGACUGCAUCCGGCAGGUGAUGGAGGGCCAGGGGAAGAAGGGAAACGCCCCGGUGGUGGUGGAGGUGUUGGAGAAGCAGCUGUGCGGGUUUGUUGUUCACGCUGUAAGUCGCCACAAGGAGUCUGCAGCCGCGUGGAGCUUUCCGGAAGACUGUCACUACUGGGAGAGACACAAGAAUGUGGCAGUGUGUGUGCACUCGGAGUAAAGGUGAUACAGGUUUCAGAUUUUAGGAUGUUACCGCAGAGGGGUGUAUUUCAAUUGAGAUACUGUAGAUGUAUCUUGCUUGUCCAGAGAAUAUCAGUAUGUAAGUUUACCUUAAAUGAAAAUAAUGAACCUCAGAAACUGGGGAUGCACCAAUCCAAUAGGCUUGAUGGGUGAAUGUUCAGCACCACAACAAUCCCAUGUGCACAAUGUUACCUUAUUCAUCAAUACUUGUCAGCAGUUUUCACUCUAGUCACCCAAAUAGCAUUCUUACAGCACUCGCUUUCUGUUCUGCGCCUUCAUUUUUUGGGCUGAGCUUAUGCAACUACAUACAUCGUAACUCGUAGAUUCCACUUAUAGUUAAGAAGAAGUAAUGUACAGUCAGUGAAGAAAUAAUCUGAUCCUUUACUUACUAAACGUGUCAAUACAACAAUGUAAGAAUAGUCCAUUACAAGUAAAAGUCCUGCCUUCAAAAUCUUCGUAAAGUACAGAAGUAUUAUAUCAGCAACAUUUUAAACUGACCCGAUGUCUGCAAAUAUUAUAUAUGACAUUAUUAGAUUGUUACAAUUGAAUACAUGCAAAGCAUUUUACUGUUGUAGCUGUUUGAGGCAGAGCUUUAACUAAAUUUUUAUAUAAAGUGAGGUCAUUUCAGGUCCAGUGGUUCCAAAUUUAGGAGUCUGGCCCCCUUUUGAAGAGUCUCCAGAUAAAUCUGAGGGGUCAUGAGACAUUUAUUGGGAAAGGAGUGAAGAAAAUACAGUUUUGCUACAAAAAUUUGUAAUAGUGGUUUCUUCAAAACCUUUAUUUCUUUACUGGAUAAUUGUACCUCUUUGAGUCUCUUUGGUUGAACAGCUAACAACUACAGACAUCUAAAACAUGACCCAGGGCCAUAGACACUGCUUGUCUGUAAAGGGCCACAAGACAAGCCAAAAAGGUUGGGAGCCACUGCUUUAAUCUUGAACAUUACAAUGUAUUUUAUAAGCUUAUAUCAUUUUUUUUUUAAUACAGUUAUAUCCUCACGUUACUUGAACUGUACAUGCAAGAAUGGCUACCAUCAGAUCCAUGCAGUGAGGUAUAAUGAUUUUAAAUUCGGGGGGGGAAAAGCAGCACUGGUCAAUACCUUGGAUUUCCAUAUCGAGAAAAAGUCAGAUUGGUGCAUCCCUAUCAGAAACAUUGUAUUUCAGAUCGUUUGUUUAAAUUAUUUUAUCACAAAUGCACUUUUAUUAGCUUUCUGGGUUGUGUGAACUUGGUAUACAUGUAGAUAUUGGAUUUACAGACAUUUGAUGUAAAUGUAUUUUAUGUUGUAGCUCUUUCAAUAUUAACUGCUUGCGUAAGUGUAUCUUUUUAUUUGUAAUGUAUGAGUUACUAACCACUUUGUUUAUAACUAUAAGACACCUUAUAAGACUAACACUGUAUAAUGGGACAUGUCUUGUGCUUUUAUCUCAGCUGCAUACAGUACUAAUCCAGUCUCCCAUGAGAAAUGGCUUCUGCACCUACAGCUCUAAAGACAGGGUUUUGCUGAGGCUGCAUCUACCGAGCUGUGCUCCCAUUUUGUCUCUGCUCAGCAGGCUGGCCUACAUAACUCUGACGGGGGGACAGAGGCCACUUUUUCAGGCGUGAAAAACAAGAAGCUUGGAGUUUGGCACUGGAGAUGCGACAAUGUGCCUUGUGUGUUAAACACAUUCAAACCCCCCGAACCAAAACAACCAAACCUCAGUGCUUACCAAGUGCUGUGCCUAUAAUUAUGUAAUGGAUUAGCAGUGAUUUCGUCUGUAAGAUUCUUCAUUUGUGCAUUUUAUUUUUGUAACGUUCGGUGAUAAAACCGCUGCGUUGUUUUAUAUUUCCCAGCCAAAUUUGAUGCAUUUUUUUAUGACUUACGUAUGCUUUUCUAUCUAUGUGUGAGGCAUUUUUCUUAGUUACCUCCGCCAAGGAGGUUAUGUUUAGUUCCCUGACUAGGAAUAUUCACACUGCAUUAACAUUGUGAGAUAAGGCAUGCCUUAGCGGAGGUCUGGUCUCUCCAAAUGUCCUUCUAGUUUGUUAUGAUAUCGUGCUCAUACUAAACACUCACACUUCCAUUUUGGUCAUUUCAAACAAACCACUGUGACUUUUGCCAGAAACUUUAAAUCAUUUCACUCCCUGUGCUCAAAAGUUCUUUCCCAGGGAAGAGAAAUCUAUCAAGCAUUCUACUUUUAUUAACUGUCACGUCCACAACAGCUUCUUUCUUCAAAGAAAUAAAAUCAAUGCAUGAUCAAUGUUCAUCAUACUCUUUAUGCUUUGUGACAAUUAAUGACCAAGUACAAAUAGUUAAUGGAAGUGUAAACAAGUAUAAUCUAAUGUCUGCCUCUCUUUUCUUGUACAAAUGUGAUUUACGCAGCACUGUUCACGUCUGUGCCCAUUAAAACCAGGCAGUGCACCCUCAGCAACAGGCACUCCAACUAAUUUAAUUGAUAUUUACACAUAAGUCAGCAUUUCCUGACCGCAGCUCUGGUUUGAUAGUCUAUGAAUAACCUUUGGCUGAGCUAAUAUUCUGUAGACGAGCAGCAAAGUGCUUGGCUUAGCAGGAUGGUAUCAGUCAUAAUGCUCAGUGUAGGUGCAGAGCGGGUAGAGACGGCCAUCAUUUCAUAUCUCAGUGGAUCUGGAGGGUCUUUAGCCUCUUGUAAAUCCAGCCUGUCAGAAUCCAUCAAGUACUGUCUGUAAUAUACAACGCAGUGCAGGAAAAGUGCACUGUGUUGAAUCAUCUGAGAGGUUUCUGUGUCUGCAGUGGAAAAGAGCUGCUGGUGGGAAGAUGAGGUUGUUAUGGGGAUAAAAGGUGUCCAUAUAACCAAUUUUAAGCCAAAAUUAUCAAUUAGAUUAUUGAUUGAUAGCCUGGCUCUGUCUAAAGAUAACAAAUACACCUACCAGCACUUCUAAAAGCUCAGCAUAUCAUCAUGAUGCAUUUAGUUUGUUUAUUUUGUUGCCAGACAAGAAAUAGUCUGGCACAAAUCCCUCAAAAAAACUCUAAUUGUCCUUUUUACACAUUCAUUUCAGAAAAUAUUAAACAUUUAAGAACAAUUGAGGUGCUGAUGGACUGAUUUUUUUAUUACAUUUGGACAGAGCCAGACUAGCUGUAUUUUGCCCCAUUUACAGUCUUUAUGCCAAGCUAAGCUAACCGGCUGCUGGUAGUACAGUAUAUAGCUUCAUAUUUAGCAUACAGAUAUGAGAGUUUUCUCAUCUUCCUCUCAAUAAGAAAGCAAAUUGCACAAACUAUUGAUGAGCUUAAGCUGUGUUGGCAGGUGUAUUUCUGAACUGGAUAGAGCUAGGCUAGCUGUUUCCCACUGCUUGCAGUCUUUAUGCUAAGCUAAGCUAAUCGUUUCCUGACUCAAGCGCUGCACUUAACAGAUAUUAAUGGUAUCAAUCUUGUCAUUUAACUCUCUAAAAGAAAGGUCCUUGAAAGGUUGACCUAUUCCUUUAUUUUAAGGAUGUUUACAUCCAUAGGUGAACAGUGUAGAAAUUGUAACUUUGUUGUAACCCCUGGAACUGUAUUAAAGUUUAACUCUGAUGUAAACAACAUAAAAACAUCCUUAUUUCUUAUAA